AUGGGCUCCAUUGUCGCCUCCCGAGAGCUCAGGACUCUAGCACAGGUCCCCCAACUCGCCCUCUCUGUCGCAGAAGACGAUGCAGAAAUCAGAGCAAAAUACCGACCUUUCCUGCUUGAUCCAGAGGUAGAAGCCACAGAUUGGAUCUCGCAAUUGGAGCUCGACACCGUGAUGUCCAUUUCCUCAGCCGAUAUCGAGAAGACCGGUUCUCGACUCAAGGUCUUGGUCCUCUACGGGAGUCUGCGUAAACGGUCUUAUUCCAAACUCAUGGCUUUCGAAGCUUCCCGCAUCCUCCACCGCCUCGGCUGCGACGUCCGGAUCUUCAACCCCUCCGCCCUCCCCAUCCGCGACUCAGUCCCAGACACGCAUCCCUCGGUCCAAGAACUACGCUCCCUCUCUGCAUGGUCCGACGGUCACGUCUGGGUCACGCCCGAACAGCACGGGAACCUAACCGCCGUGUUCAAAAACCAAAUCGACUGGAUCCCGCUCUCCACCGGUUCCGUACGUCCCACCCAAGGCCGCACAUUAUCGAUAGUCCAAAUCAAUGGCGGUAGUCAGAGUUUCAAUGCGUUGAAUAGUUUAAGGAUAUUGGGGAGGUGGAUGAGGAUGUGGACGAUUCCCAAUCAGAGCAGUUUGCCGAUGGCAUAUAAGAAUUUCGAGGAUGAAGGAGGUGAUGGGAGUGGGAAAGCGAGACUACUGCCGUCUGGGAAUAGAGAGCGGUUGGUGGAUUGCAUGGAGGAAUUUGUGAAGUUCACAGUGAUGCAACGGCCGUAUAAGGAGAGUUUUGGGGAUCGGUUUAGUGAGCGGAAGGAGAGGAGGGAGAGGAGGGAGAGGGAAGAGAAGAGGAGGUUAAAGGAGAUUGCAGAGAAGGAGAAGGAGUUGGCUGUUGGAGGGAGCGUAUAG